AUGGUCUUGAUCCCCUCUGCCCGCCAAAUGGGCAUGCGAGCUCCGCAAUUGAGCCGCUCCUUGGCCACGCCGGCGUCGUCGAUUGGCGCGACCAAGGUGGCCAUGUCCUUGUUUGAGAAAGACAAGUACAUCAACUACCAGCGCAUCGAGGACAACCUUGCUGUCGUUCGUCAACGGUGAGUGUGUUUUGUCUUGCUUUGAUUCGAGAGAGGAAUGCGGAGCACGGUUUCGGUGUGGGCAGCCCGUUAGCUCGCUCGCUUCCCCUGCCGGCCUCGGGUCUGUUCGCGGCGUGCUCCGCCUCGCCUCGCGCCGCAGUUGCAGCCGCCAGUCGCGCGUGAACAUGCAAGCCGCGCCGGGUGCAGUAGGAGCGCCGCCAUUUUUACCACCCGGGUCCGGCCACCCAGAUGCCGUGCCGGACCCACACAUACACGCAUCAGGGACUUCCUACACAGAUCUUCUUUCCUCGGUCCAAGAGCCAUUGAACUGACUUGAACCUCAUUCUCUACACUUCUCGCCACGCUACAGCCUCGACCGCAAGCUCACGCUUUCGGAGAAGGUCCUCUACGGCCAUCUCGACAACCCUCAUGAUGCCGACAUCCGACGAGGUGCUUCAUACCUCAAGCUCCGACCCGACGUAAGUUAUUUUCUUUGGUUAUGUUUCCAGAUCAAGUAUAGCCGCAUCAGUGGCUCUUGCCGAGCUUCGCACUUGACACGUCAAUUCACCAGCGCUGACCCCGUUCCGCCUCGCUUUUUCCGUGACCUUCACAGCGAGUCGCUUGCCAAGAUGCUACCGCCCAAAUGGCUCUCCUCCAAUUCAUGUCCGCCGGCUUGCCCACCGUCGCCGUUCCCACGACCGUCCACUGCGAUCACUUGAUCGAAGCCCAGGUCGGUGGCGCCAAGGAUUUGGCCCGCGCCAACGACAUCAACAAGGAGGUCUACGACUUCCUCGCCACUUGCGCCGCCAAGUACGGCAUCGGUUUCUGGAAAGCCGGCUCGGGUAUCAUCCACCAAGUUAGUCCUUUCUGCUAGUCUACGGUGACCACCCUCUGGCACUGCGACUAACUAACCGGCUUCACCUCAACUCUCCAGAUCAUCCUUGAAAACUACGCUUUCCCCGGUGGUUUGAUGAUCGGCACCGACUCGCACACCCCCAACGCCGGUGGUCUUGGUAUGGUCGCCGUAGGUGUCGGAGGAGCUGAUGCCGUCGACGUCAUUGCCGACCUUCCUUGGGAACUCAAGUGCCCCAAGGCGAUCGGUGUCAAGUUGACGGGCAAGAUCAGCGGAUGGACGACCCCCAAGGAUGUGAUCCUCAAGGUUGCCGGUAUCCUCACCGUCAAGGGUGGAACGGGUGCCAUCGUCGAGUACUUCGGCGAGGGUGUCAACUCGUUGUCGUGCACUGGUAUGGCCACCAUCUGCAACAUGGGUGCCGAGAUCGGUGCGACCACCUCCCUGUUCCCUUACAACUCGCGCAUGGGCGACUACCUCGACGCGACGAAGCGACCCGAGAUCCGCAAGUACGCCGAGGCCUUCCAGCACAACCUCCGUGCCGAUGAGGGUGCCGACUACGACCGCGUGAUCGAGAUCAACCUUUCCGAGCUCGAGCCCCACAUCAACGGCCCCUACACCCCCGAUCUUGCGACCCCUCUGUCCAAGUUCGCCGCCGCCGUCAAGGCCAACGACUGGCCCGAGAAGCUCUCGGUCGGUCUCAUCGGCUCCUGCACCAACUCCUCGUACGAGGACAUGUCCCGCUCGGCCUCGAUCGCCAAGGAGGCUGCCGACCACGGCCUCAAGGCCAAGGCCGGUUUCACGAUCACCCCCGGAUCUGAGCAGAUCCGCGCCACGAUCGAGCGUGACGGACAGAUGAAGGUCCUCGAGGACGCUGGAGGUCUCGUGCUCGCCAACGCAUGCGGUCCUUGCAUCGGUCAAUGGGACCGACAGGACGUCCCCAAGGGCACCAAGAACUCGAUCAUUACCUCAUACAACCGCAACUUCACCGGCCGUAACGACGCUAACACCGCCACCCACGCCUUCGUCGCCUCCCCCGAUCUCGUUACCGCCAUGGUCUUCGCCGGCUCCAUGACCUUCAACCCUCUUACCGACUCGCUCAAGGGCGCCGACGGCAAGGAGUUCAAGUUCUCUGACCCGACUGGAAAGGAGCUCCCCCCUCGCGGCUAUGACCCGGGACAAGACACCUACCAGGCCCCUCCCUCAGACCGCGCCUCGGUCAACGUCAUCGUCAGCCCCACGUCGAACCGUCUCCAGGUUCUCAAGCCCUUCAAGAAGUGGAACGGUGAGGACCCGACCGACAUGCCCGUUCUGAUCAAGGCCGUCGGCAAAUGCACGACCGAUCACAUCUCGGCCGGUGGCCCUUGGCUCAAGUACCGAGGUCACUUGGAGAACAUCUCGCAGAACUGCUUGAUCGGCGCCAUCAACGCCGCGAACGGUGAGGCCAACAAGGUGCAGAACUUGUUGACCGGUAAAUGGGGAGCCGUGCCCAAGGUCGCUGCCGAGUACCGCGAGGCCGGUGUGCCGUGGGUCGUGAUCGGUGACGAGAACUACGGUGAGGGAUCGUCGCGUGAGCACGCCGCUCUCGAGCCCCGUUUCCUCGGUGGCGCAGCCGUCAUCACGCGAUCGUUCGCCCGUAUUCACGAGACCAACUUGAAGAAGCAAGGCAUGCUCCCCUUGAACUUCAAGAACCCCGCCGACUACGACAAGGUUCAGCCCGACGACAAGGUCGACCUGAUUGGCAUUAAGGACCUCGCUGAAGGCUCUAAAGUCGAGAUGGUGCUCAAGCACAAGGAUGGCACGACGGGUAAGUCUCUGGUGUACAUCGUAUUUGUUCUAUCUAUGGCAAAGCUUUGCUAACAUCCACCUAUUUCCGAACUUCCUUCUACAGAGACGAUCGAGUUGACCCACACCUUCAACGCCGACCAGAUCCGCUGGCACCGAGCGGGCUCGGCCCUCAACGCGAUGGCCGAGGCCAAGGCUUCGAAGUAA